AUGGAUGUUGCUCAUGCUAGUAGUAAUAGUAGUAUAGACAUGGACAAUGAGAGAUUGACGGCGGAGAUGGCUUUCAAGGACUCGUCCUCCGCCGUCAUCAAAAUCCGCCAACGCUUGCCCGACUUCCUGCAGUCCGUCAAGCUCAAGUACGUCAAGCUCGGCUACGGUUACUCUUGUAACGCAGCCACCAUUCUCUUGUUCCUCUUCAUCCUUCCUCUCUUCGUGUCCGUGGUGAUACAGCUCACCGGUCUGGAGUUGAACCGGAUCACCGAGCUCUGGACCAACCAGGCCGUCCGCCUCGAGAGCAUCGACGCCGCCACCCGCCUGGCCGGUUCCGGCGUCCUCCUCUUCUUCCUCGGCCUCUACUGGGCCAAGCGGUCCAGACCGGUCUACCUCGUCGACUUCUCGUGCUACAAACCGGACGACCAACACAAGCUGUCGGUCGACUCGUUUCUUAAAAUGACCGAAGACAGCGGCGCAUUUGCCCAGGACACGGUUCAAUUCCAGACCCGGAUUGCGAACCGGUCCGGUCUAGGCGACGAGACGUACUUGCCGCCCGGAAUUACAUCCAAACCGCCUCAGCUGUCCAUGGAGCAAGCCCGGUCCGAGGCCGAGACGGUAAUGUUCGGCGCGCUCAACUCGCUCUUUGAAAAAACCGGAGUCAAACCGAGCGAAAUCGACAUCCUCAUCGUAAAUUGCAGCCUGUUCAACCCGACGCCGUCGCUCUCCGCCAUGAUCGUCAACCACUACAAGCUCAAAACCGACAUUAAAAGCUACAACCUCGGUGGCAUGGGCUGCAGCGCCGGUCUGAUCUCCAUCGACCUCGCCAAGGACCUCCUCAAAGCAAACCCCAACUCCUACGCCGUCGUAGUGAGCACCGAGAACAUCACCUUGAACUGGUACUUCGGAAACGACAAGUCGAUGCUGCUCUGCAACUGUAUUUUCCGAAUGGGCGGCGCCGCGGUUCUACUGUCGAACAAAAGCCGGGACCGAACCCGGUCCAAGUACGAACUCGUCCACACCGUCCGGACCCACAAGGGCGCGGACGACAGGAAUUACAAUUGCGUUUACCAGCGGGAGGACGACAAGGGAACAAUCGGCGUGUCUCUCGCGCGCGAGCUGAUGGCGGUUGCCGGCGAUUCGUUGAAAACGAACAUCACGACGCUGGGCCCACUGGUGCUGCCGUUUUCCGAGCAGGUGCUCUUCUUCAUCACGCUGAUCCGGAAGAAGGUGUUCAAGGCAAAGGUGAAGCCGUACAUACCGGAUUUCAAGCUCGCGUUCGAGCAUUUCUGCAUUCACGCCGGAGGGCGGGCCGUGCUGGACGAGUUGGAGAAGAACCUGCAACUCACUGAGUGGCACAUGGAGCCUUCUAGAAUGACUCUGCACCGCUUUGGCAACACGUCGAGUAGCUCGUUGUGGUACGAGCUGGCGUACGCGGAGGCCAAGGGCCGGGUCGGGCGGGGUGACAGAGUCUGGCAGAUCGCAUUCGGGUCGGGUUUCAAGUGUAACAGCGCGGUUUGGCGGGCGCUCCGGCCUAUUUCGGUCGGGGACGGGUUAGGUAACCCGUGGAUGGACUCGAUUGAUAGGUACCCGGUUAAAGUUUCAAUCCGUUAG